AUAUACAAUUUAGCAGCAAAUGUAUCACUGUUCAUUAAAGUGGUGGGUGGCAGUGAGAAGUGAAGAGAUAAGAGUGUGAUACGAAAAUAUUCGAAUAAUUUAAGUGACAAAGUGUGUGCACACUUAAAAGUUUGUCCUGUUCGAUCCGGACAACUACAAGACUGAUUAUUCACAUUCAACCUCAGCGAGUUUGUUCCCAGAACGAGGUCGUGAAAAGGCACACAAACACAAAGUGGAAGUUGGAAAUUAUCGCGCGUGGUUGCGACCAUUAAAACUUUAACACCGUUCGCACCCGAUUUAUUCAUUCAGGGAAAAAGAGACGUAAAUCUUCUGCAGACUUCGAAGUUAAAUUAUACACGAGCCGGGAUUAAACAAACACAUUUCCAGCUGAAAAAAUACCUGUCGAGAAAGAAAGUGUAUAGUUGUCGGAUUGUUUCCGUUUCGAUUCUGGAUUCCAAAGAAGCUGAUAAAUAACGUGUCGACCGUAAACUUACUGUGCGGGUUUUUUCCUUAAAUAACUAACUGUUGGGGCAUUUGGCAAAUCUCCGAAUUCGUUUACGUGUGUGAAUGCUGAGUCGAGGUGCUUAAAGCGGCCAAACACAUCAAAGAAUGGAUAUCACCAAAGAAGCGGUUAAUCCCAAUCCCAGGGAUAAAUCCACGCCUCUGGGACUACUGUUUUUCACAUAUACUUUUGGAAUAUUCAAAAGAGGCUACUCCAAAGUUCUAGAUGUGGAUGAUCUCUACAACCCAAUCAAAAGCGAUAGAAGCAUGCUUUUAGGUGAUCGAUUAGAAAGAGUUUGGCAUCGAUUAUAUGAAAAAGCAAACAAGAAGCAGAAAAAAGCCAGCCUCUUAGUAGGCCUAUUGCAGACUUUCUGGCCUGAACUUACAAUUCUUGGGAUCACUUUGGUGUUGAUGCAAGUGUUCAGCUUGAUUCAGCCCAUGAUGCUUGGCCAACUGCUGGCUUACUUUAGAGCCGAUACAGGGUUGACUAAACAAGACGCCUUCCUCUAUGCGGGCGCUAUAUCCGUAUGCACUUUCCUCAAUGCCCUCCUCUCCAAUCAGUACAUUAUGGGGGCGUUUCAUUAUGGAAUGAAAAUUAGGGCAGCCUGCUGCGCUUUGGUCUAUCGAAAGUCUUUGCGGCUGAGUAAGACCGCGCUAGGAGAAACAGCAUCUGGAAAAAUCGUUAAUCUGCUCUCAAACGAUGUCAGUCGAUUCGAUAUGGUUAUCAUUUUCGUGCACCAUAUGUGGGUUGCUCCUGUAGUCACCAUGAUCAUCACUUACUUAAUGUGGGUGGACUCUGGAUGGGCAGGAAUCUUCGGGAUUGGCACUGUGUUCAUCGUGGUUCCCAUUCAAGGAUAUACUGGCAAACUGUCUGCAAUAUACCGGAAAGCAACCGCGCAAAAGACUGAUGAAAGAGUGCGACUUAUGGACGAGAUUCUGUCUGGAAUCCAAGUCAUCAAAAUGUACGCCUGGGAAAUUCCUUUUGCUAAACUGGUGCGAAUGGCCAGAAAAGCUGAAGUGAAAAUCAUCACCAAGUCCUCCUAUGUCAGAGGAGCCUACAUGGCUUUCAAUCUGUUCACCACCAGGCUGGCGCUGUUUGGAACUCUUCUGACCGUGGCUCUAAUGGACCAGCCCAUCACUGCCUCCAAGGUAUUCGUAAUCAUGUCGUACCUGAACAUUGUCUCCCAGACGAUGUCCCAAAUGUUCGUUCGUGGUAUCUCCGAAAUGGCUGAAUUGCUCGUCGCUAUCAAACGUCUAGAAGGUUUAAUGUUGAAUGAAGAGUUCGUUUCCCUAACCAGCACCCGCAACAACACCGAAUACGACGCAAAGAAGCAUUUGAUUGACUUGCAAAACUUGUACGUGAAGUGGAACGCCAGACUGUCGGAUAAUGCUCUUGAAGACAUUAAUUUAACAGUAAACAGAGGCCAGUUGGUUGGUGUGAUUGGACCGGUUGGAAGCGGAAAGAGCUCCCUGCUCCAGACCAUUCUAGGCGAAUUGGAGAUGGUUAGCGGCAAAAUCGCCGUCAAUGGAACCCUCUCCUAUGCCUCUCAAGAAGCCUGGGUGUUUGCCGCAACUGUUCGCCAAAACAUUACCUUCGGUUCCGAAUACGACAAGAAGAAAUAUAACGACGUAGUCAAAGCUUGCGCUUUGGAGAAGGACUUUGAACAAUUCUCAAAUGGGGAUCUCACCAUAGUAGGAGACAGAGGUGCUUCACUAUCCGGAGGCCAGAAGGCGCGCAUUAACUUGGCCAGAGCAAUUUACAGGGAGGCCGAUAUCUAUCUGCUGGAUGAUCCGCUCUCAGCUGUGGAUAUUCACGUCUCGAAGCACUUGUACGAUCUCUGCAUCAACGGCUAUUUGUACAAUAAAACACGGGUGUUGGUCACACAUCAAGUUCAUCACUUAAAGGACGCCGACCAUAUUUUGAUUCUCAACAAUGGGCGAAUUGAAAAUGAAGGAAACUUCAAAGACCUUUCGAACAGUGACAAUCUGUACGCUCAACUGUUAACAUCGGAACCAGAAGCUACUGAUGAAGAAAAACAGAAAAUCACCGAUUUUGCUAAGAAAGACCGGAAGAUGUCGGUUAGGAGUAUAAAAUCACUGGCCAGUGCAAUGAGUGAGCUGAGCAUUCCUGAAGCCAUUUUAGCCGAACAGGAUGAGGACUCUGAGGAGGACGAAAGAGAGAUAAAAAUGAAGGACAUGCAGGAGGAGUCAUCUAAAGGCAAAGUGAAAGGAAACCUGUUCUGGAAGUAUUUUUCUGCUGGAGGAAACUUCUUCUUCAUCAUCUUUGUGUUCCUGCUGUUCCUGUUAGCUGAAGGCGCUGCCAUGGCUGUGGAUUACUUCGUCAGCUUCUGGGUGAAAAUUGAAGAAUACAAAACCACCACCGAAUUUCCAGUGGAAAAUUCCACCAGCGCGUUGAAUUCCACCGAUUAUGUAGAAGCAGUCAAAGCGUCUCCAUUUGGAUUCAACGCCAUCACAUGGGAAAAAGACCUGUUUCUCUACAUCUACGGCAGCUUGAUCAUCAGCUUGUUUGUUCUGGUGUUCUCCCGAUCAAUGCUCUUCUACAAACUGGCUAUGAUGAGCUCGCAAAAAUUGCACGACAGCAUUUUCUACAGCGUCAUCAAUGCUUCGAUGAGAUUCUUUGAUACCAAUCCAGGCGGCAGAAUCCUGAACAGGUUUUCCAAGGAUAUUGGAUCAGUGGAUGAGCUGCUGCCCAAGGCCAUCAUGGAUGCUUCUCAAAUGAUUCUCAUGUCAUUGGGUUCAAUUAUUUUGAUAACCAUCGUCAAUCCGAUCUUCUUAGCAGUGGUGGCAAUCAUCGGCGGAAUUUCCAUGGUUAUUCGACACGUCUACCUGAAGUCUUCCAAGAACAUUAAGCGGCUGGAGGGAGUCAUGAGAAGUCCAGUUUUUACUCAUCUGAAUGCCACUAUCAACGGGCUGACAACCAUUCGAGCGUUUGAAGCCCAGGGUAUUCUUCGGGACGAAUUCGACAAAUACCAGGAUGGACAUACCAGUGCUUGGUUCAUGUUCAUAGCUGCCAGUUCAGCUUUUGGCCUGUGCAUGGAUAUGUUAUGUUUCGUCUUUAUUACGCUCAUCACUUUUAGUUUCCUGUUGUUUUCUGAAGAAAUUGGCAUAACUGGUGGAGAUGUCGGCCUUGCAAUCACUCAAGCCGUCUCCCUGUCCAUGAUGGUACAAUGGGGACUGCGGCAAUCGGCUGAAGUUGCCAAUCAACUGAUGUCCGUUGAAAGGGUGCUGGAAUAUAAGCAACUUCCUGCUGAAAAGCAACCGGUGAAGCCGAAAGAGCCACCGAAAAGUUGGCCUUCCAGAGGUGAAAUCAAGUUCAGAGAUAUGGGGAUGCGUUACGAUGAAGAUGGUGCUUUGAUUUUGAAACAACUAAAUUUGAAGAUCGAUCCCAACGAGAAGGUUGGUAUUGUGGGAAGAACUGGAGCAGGAAAGUCCUCGUUAAUCUCGGCUCUGUUCCGACUGGCGCACGUGGAGGGAAGCAUUCAAAUUGAUGAUAUCGACACCAAGGAAAUUGUCCUGGAACAACUCCGAUCCAAAAUCUCCAUCAUCCCUCAAGACCCCGUCCUCUUUUCCGGCACUCUUCGCUACAACUUGGAUCCAUUCGAAGAGUACACUGAUGAUCUCCUAUACAAGGCUAUCGAAGAAGUGGAACUUAAGGAUCCUGCCAAUAUCAUCAACCGACUUGAAAGUAGAGUGAUGGACCGAGGAGCGAACUACAGCGUCGGCCAAAGACAACUAAUCUGUCUAGCCAGAGCCAUUGUAAGAAACAACAAAAUCCUGAUGCUGGAUGAAGCAACUGCAAAUGUUGAUCCUCAGACCGAUGCCCUCAUUCAAAAAACCAUCAGGAAGAAGUUCGCCACAUGCACAGUGCUUACUGUUGCCCAUCGUUUGAACACCAUCAUGGACUCUGAUAAAGUUCUUGUUAUGGAUUCCGGAACAAUGGUCGAAUUCGAUCAUCCACACAAUCUGCUUCAGAACCCCAACAGCGUCUUCUGCCACAUGGUGGAUGAGGCAGGCCGCGGUCUUUCUGAGCAGCUCCGGAAAAUUGCCAAGGAGAGUUUUUUGAGGCACAUGAGUUUACCUGAAGCGCCUACUAGUUUAGUUUACUUGAUGGAUACUCCUUUCAAGUUGAAGCAUGAAAAUCCUAAGAAGAAGGCCAAUUGCUUUUCGAAGCUUUUUUUCAUGUGGGCCGCCCCACUGUUCUACACUGGAACGAAGCGACUGCUCAGAUUAGAAGAUUUGUUCAAGCCUCUUGAUCCUUGCAAGUCGAAAUACAUCGGCGAUAAUCUGGAGCAAAGCUGGCUGUCUGAAGUGGCAAAAGCCAAAGAAAACAACCGCCCACCCAGCCUGCUCAAGGCCCUCAAUCGAGUGUUUUUGAGGGAGUUUAUGAAAUAUGGCAUUCUUCUAUUUGUAAUGAUGGUUUUAUUGCGAUCGCCUCAGCCUCUAGUUCUUUCCUGGCUGAUUGCUCAGUUCCAGGAAGGCACCGACUCCAACACAACCACCAUGUUUUCGGCUGCCAGUAUUUUAAUUUUGGUUUCCACUGUCGUCAUCUUUAUCAUGCAUCAUUCAAACUGCAACGUGAUGCUGAUGGGAAUGAAGCUAAGAGUUGGGGUCUCAAGUUUAAUUAAUCGGAAAGUUUUAAAAUUAAGCACUAAAGUGCUGGAUGAAGCGGGAGCUGGCAAAGUGGUCAAUCUCCUAUCCAAUGACUGCCAGAGAUUCGACUUGAUCUGCUACUACCUGCACUAUUUAUGGAUAAUGCCAUUUCAAAUCAUACUGGUCACGUAUUUCCUGUGGGACGCUGUCGGGAUAUCUUGCUUAGCUGGCAUCCUGUCCCUGCUGCUCCUCACCGUUCCUUUACAAGCGAUGCUCGGAAGAAACGCCUCAGCCCUGCGAUUGAAGAUCGCCGAACGCAGCGAUGAGCGGGUGAAACUGAUGAACCAGAUCAUAUCAGGCAUCCAAGUGAUCAAAAUGUACGCAUGGGAAAAACCCUUUGAAUUGCUGAUUGAAACCCUUCGAGGCAAAGAAAUUAGUGUCGUCACUAAAGCAUCCUAUUUGAGGGGCUUCUACUUGAGUUGCAUGGUUUUCAUCGAGAGAACCACCUUAUGUGUCACUUUGGUGUGCUUUGUUUUGCUUGGAAAUGGCCUGCAAGCUAAUAUCGUAUUUUCCAUGGCUCAGUUCUUCAACAUCUUGCAAGUGGUGGUGGCAAUAAUGUAUCCAAUGGCUAUCAGCAUUGGAGCUGAAACCCUCGUCUGCAUAAAGCGCUUGGAAGACUUUCUGCUGCUGGAAGAGAGGCAGGAGUACUCAGUCGAACGCAUCGAAGCCCCAGAAGUGAGCUUGAAGUGCAUAUCGGCCUCCUGGGUUCCAAAUGCUCCUACUUUAAGGAACAUAAACCUGGUUGUUCCUAAAGGAUGCUUAUGUGCUAUCGUAGGCCCAGUUGGUGCUGGCAAAAGCUCCAUUCUGCAAUUGCUUCUAGGCGAGCUGGCGCCUACUGUAGGCACCAUUAAAAUGGGGGGCGAAAUAUCGUAUGCUUCGCAGGAACCGUGGCUGUUUGCAGCAUCAGUGAGGAAAAACAUCCUGUUUGGAAACGACUAUAAUUCAGCUCUGUACAAGAAAGUCACCAAAGCUUGUGCUUUGGAAAGCGACUUCUUGCAGUUGCCUCAUGGUGAUAGAACAACAGUAGGGGAACGGGGCGUUUCAUUGAGUGGAGGACAAAGAGCCCGAAUAAAUUUGGCCAGAGCCGUCUAUAGGCAGGCUGAUGUGUAUCUUCUAGAUGAUCCUCUAUCAGCAGUUGAUACACAUGUAGGGAAGCAUUUGUUCGACAAAUGCAUCAUCAAGCACUUAAGAGGGAAGACAAGAAUUUUGGUUACGCAUCAGUUGCAAUAUCUAAAGAAGGCUGAUCUGAUCAUUGUUCUAAAUGAGGGAAAAAUCGAAGCCAUGGGCACUUUUGCAGAAUUAUCCAACACGGAAUUCGAUUUUGCCAAGUUACUCACUUCUGCAGAUGAAACCAAUGAGGAAAAAGAUAAAGAGAGCAAGGAGAAUAAGCGAUCAUUUGAAAGGUCUUCUAGCAGCCUGAAAAAUCCGUUUAGAGCUCUGUCAGACAACGAAAGCGAGAUUGAAAGUACAGUGGAGGAAAACGAGGAAGCAGCCCAGUUUAAAGACGGGAAAUCCGCUAAUCCAUUCCUGGAUUACAUAAAAUCCACUGAUAAUGCCGGUUAUAUUUUAUUCACGAUUUUUGUGCUGCUCUCCUCGCAAGCGAGUUGCUUGAUUUGUGACUUAUGGGUCGCCUUUUGGACCAACCAGGAAGAACUAAGACACAUAAAAAAGCCACCCCAACCAUAUGCUGUUGAAGAACUUUUCCAGGCAAACUCCACAAGCCCUGAGCCACUGUUGAAAAAUUCCACCUACUUUUACAACCACACUGAAAACUCUGCAACCAAACAGAGCAUUCUGGGCAUUCCUUUCAGUUCGAUUUUUGAUGAACUGGAAAUCGGUCAAACCAUUUACUCCCUACUCAAAACUGAUGUAGCUAUGAUUGUCUAUGGAUGUUCCAUUUUGCUAGUAAUCGCCCUCACCGUUGGACGUUCCUUUCUCUUCUUCAAUGCGACAAUGAAAGCGUCAAGAAACAUUCACUCGAACAUGUUCCACUGCUUGCUCAAAGCUCCUAUGAGGUUCUUCGACAUCAAUCCUAGCGGAAGAGUUUUGAAUCGAUUUAGCAAAGAUAUAGGAGCGAUUGAUGAGAUUUUACCGAGGGUUUUAUUGGAAGCGAUACAGAUUUUUCUGGUUAUGGGCAACAGUUUGCUGGUGGUGACAAUUUCCAACUACUACAUGUUGAUUGCCAUUGUUCUUCUAGGGGGAAUUUUCUUGAAAGUAAGGACUUGGUACAUUGCCAGCUCACGCGCUAUUAAGCAUUUAGAAGGAAUUGCCAAAUCCCCGAUUUUUACGCAUAUAAACUGUUCCCUUCGUGGGCUCACCACCAUUAGAGCUUGUGAAGCGCAACGCUCCCUUAUUCGGGAAUUCGAUGACCAUCAGGACAUCCACACUUCCACUUGGUACUUAACAGUGAUUUGUGGCGAAUUCUUCGGUCUUUGGUUGGACAUCCUUUGCGUGGUUUUCAUUGCCUGCAUUUCCUUCGCAUUUGUCAUUUCAGUGCAAUAUGGCCAAGCGCCCAAUGGAAGCAUGGUGGGUUUAGCACUGUCGCAAGCCAUGGUUUUAACUGGAAUGCUCCAAUAUGGGAUGAAACAAACCGCUGAAGUGAUUAAUCAACUAACCAGCGUGGAAAGAGUGCUUCAGUACACCAAGCUGGAGAACGAGGGGCCUUUUGAGACCCCCAAAGAUACUCUGCCGGUGCUUCCUUGGCCUAGCUAUGGAAAAGUCGAAUUUAAGAAUCUGAGUCUUUCAUACGUCCCGACCGAGGCGCCCGUUCUGAAGCACUUGAAUCUGCUAAUUCACUCUGGGGAAAAGGUGGGCAUUGUUGGGCGCACAGGGGCCGGAAAAUCCUCCCUCAUAUCGGCGCUUUUCCGGCUCGCCCCUAUAGAAGGCAACGUUUUAAUCGACGACCUCAACACGAAAGUUGUGGGCCUUCGGGACUUGAGGAGGAGGAUAUCGAUCAUCCCUCAGGAGCCGGUUCUCUUCAAAGGGACGCUCAGGUUCAAUUUAGACCCGUUUGGGGAGUUUCGCGACCAGCAACUGUGGACAGCGCUGGAAGAAGUUGAGCUGAAAGAUGUGGUCGCCUCGCUGCACUUUGAGGUAUCAGAGGGUGGCACAAACUUCAGUCUUGGACAGCGACAGCUGUUGUGUCUAGCUAGGGCUCUGUUGAGGAACAAUAAAGUCAUGAUUCUGGAUGAAGCCACUGCAAAUGUGGACGCCUUAACUGAUAAUCUAAUACAGAGGACGAUUAGGAGGAAAUUCAGCCAUUGCACAGUGCUUACAAUCGCCCAUAGAUUGAACACCAUUAUGGACUCUAAUAGGGUGCUGGUAAUGAGUCGUGGGGAAAUUCUGGAGUUCGACCAUCCGCACAAUUUGCUGCAGAAUCCAAAAGGCUGUUUCACCAGGAUGGUCAUGGAAACUGGCACUUCCAUGACGGAACAGUUGAGGAACGUGGCUUUGAGCGCAUGGAAUGAGAGGGAUGAGGAAAUGUUUUUUGAUUGAAUAUGUAUGGAUUUGAGCAACUUGCUUCAGCUACAGUUUAAUCCUGGGUAGUUGAGUAGUAGGAGUUUUAUUCACUAGUAGGCAGCUUUGUUAAACGUUUAUUUAUUUAUUAUAGUAAUAUAAAACAAA